GCCUGAUGCAUCUCAGUCGAUCUCCUUCUGUCAUCAUGUUCACAAAGACCGUCUUCGCUUUUGCCCUUGUGGCCGUCGCUUUGGCUGCUCCUUCACAGCCUUCUUACGAUUACUCUCCUCCGGCAACCUAUGACGCUCCUGCUAAGUACGACUUCAACUACGCUGUUAAGGACGACUACUCCGGAAACGACUUCGGUCACCAGGAAGCCCGUGACGGAUACAACACCCAGGGUUCCUACUUCGUCCUCCUUCCCGACGGUCGUCUGCAAAGGGUCACUUACACUGUCAACGGCGACUCUGGCUACGUAGCUGAGGUCAGCUACGAGGGUGAGGCCCAGUACCCUGAGCACCAUUCUGCUCCUGCCUACAAGCCUGCACCUGCUUACAAGCCUGCCCCAGCCUACGCCUAAAUAGGUCAAUCUUUAAACAUAUUCAAAAUAUUUAUUAAACAACAAUCCUAGCA